UCACUAGUCACAGGCUUUUGUGCGUUAGCCAACGAGUUCAUGCAGAUCAUGACAUCGUCGUCGACCUCGCCGACCUCGCCGACCUCGCCGCUGGCCGCCGCCGCCGACAAUGGCGUCGCCGCCGCCUACUUCAACUUCCGCGGGGCGGAGCGCGUGCCGGAGUCGCACGUGUGGAAGGGGAUGCACGAGAAGGACACCGCGCCGGUGGCGGCGGCGGACGCGGACGGCGGCGACGCGGUGCCGGUGGUGGACAUGAGCGGCGGCGACGACGCCGCGGUGGCGGCGGUGGCGCGCGCGGCGGAGGAGUGGGGCGGGUUCCUGCUCGUCGGGCACGGCGUGACCGCGGAGGCCCUGGCGCGCGUCGAGGCGCAGGCGGCGCGGCUGUUCGCGCUGCCGGCGGACGACAAGGCGCGCGGGGCGCGGCGGCCCGGCGGCGGGAACACCGGCUACGGCGUGCCGCCGUACCUCCUCCGGUACCCGAAGCAGAUGUGGGCCGAGGGCUACACCUUCCCUCCCCCUGCCAUCCGCGACGAGUUCCGCCGCGUCUGGCCCGACGCCGGCGACGACUACCACCGCUUCUGCUCCGCCAUGGAGGAGUACGACUCGUCGAUGAGAGCUCUGGGCGAGAGGCUCCUCGCCAUGUUCUUCAAGGCGCUCGGGCUCGCCGGCAACGAUGCCCCCGGCGGCGAGACCGAGCGGAAGAUCCGCGAAACGUUGACGUCGACGAUUCACCUCAACAUGUUCCCUAGGUGUCCAGAUCCAGACCGGGUGGUCGGGCUGGCGGCGCACACGGACUCAGGCUUCUUCACCUUCAUCCUGCAGAGCCCCGUGCCGGGGUUGCAGCUGCUCCGCCACCGGCCGGACCGGUGGGUGACGGUUCCGGGGACGCCGGGGGCGCUCAUCGUCGUCGUCGGCGAUCUCUUCCAUGUGCUCACCAACGGGCGCUUCCACAGCGUGUUCCACCGCGCCGUCGUGAACCGGGAGAGAGACCGGAUCUCCAUGCCCUACUUCCUCGGUCCGCCGGCCGACAUGAAGGUGACACCUCUCGUGGCGGCGGGGUCGCCGGAGAGCAAGGCCGUGUAUCAGGCCGUGACAUGGCCGGAGUACAUGGCUGUAAGGGAUAAGUUGUUCGGGACAAAUAUAUCGGCGUUGAGCAUGAUUCGAGUAGCGAAGGAAGAGGACAAGGAGAGUUAGAACUAUGGUAUGAUUGCAAUUAUCCAUGCCAGAAAAAAAAAAUUAGGGAUAUGAUUUGUUGUGCUAAAAUAAGGAAGGCAAAUUUUAAUUAUAAGCAAGUAUAGGUAGUUUUCCCUUGAAUAAACUUUUUUUCUUAACAGCUUUCAUAAAUUGGAAAGGUGAAUACUGACCUGAUGAGAGUUUCACUGUAGAACCAGGACAAGGAAUAAGGAAUAAGUUGAGGCAACCUGAACAAUGCUAAAUUGAAAAAAAAAAAGAGUUUUCUAUUUUUUUGCUGCAUA